AUGCUAUCGCAGCACCAAGCGCCCAAGGAAGAACCGACCUUUUACCUGUCUCAAAUGGAGUUUGGAUCAAUCUACGACCCCAACGCCCUGUACAACCAGUACUAUUCUGGUUCUUGCACCGCUGAAGGGGAGUCGGCCGGUCUCAGUCCGUUCGAGCAGACACAGAAAGAGGAUGAAGAGAGGUUUUACGCCACAUUUCCAGAGGCCCGGCGAGCCGCACAAGUACAGAACCAGUGGGCGAUGACGCCCGUGCAUGAGGAGAACGCGUCCGAGCUCGAGGUCGCGGCGGACGAUCCCGACCAACGACCGUCCAACAUUACUGCCGCCAGGCUGCAACUUAACUAUGACUACAGUCAUGACCUAAAUGGGGAAGCAUCGGCUCCUCCUGAAUCUCUAGCCUCCUCGCCUCCCGAAGGCCCUCCACAGUCGCCUGACUAUGGCAGCUGUUACUCUGAGCAAGCACGUUCCGAUUGCUCCCCGACUCAGCCUCGCCCUCACCAACCCCAAACCCUCAUCUCGUCGUGGCAUUCUCCCGAUGAUAGCGAUCCUGCCGCCGACUUGACUCAUAUCUCUUAUCCGUUACCUCAUUCUUCACCCCAGGCCGACUCUGAACAUGCUUCGCUUCCUUCCAUACCAUCACGGUCACUUCCCUCGCAUUCGCAAGUGAUCCAAAUCCCAUCUCGGAAACCACCUCGCCGACAUACUACAACCGACGACCACACACCAGGUCUAAGCAGGGGACCUUUCUAUUAUAAAAUCCCCCUUAGACAACCCAGACGCUCUCCCACGCCGCCCCCAUUCUCCAGGCGGCCUCCCGCACAGUCCAUAGCUCGGAAUAACGGUGAUAGAAAGCCUCCCCUGGCCUGCUUUUUUUGCCGAGGCAGGAAAAUCGCGUGUGGGGCACCGGAGCCAGAUAACCCCGAUCGAACCUGCAACCAGUGCCAUCGAAGGUCUCUCAAGUGCGAGUACCCAAAGGAGAGCCGGAGAGGUAUGCGCAAGAAGAAGGCUGACGGUACAGGUGACACUGAAGCCGCGGACAAGCAACGCUCGACUCCAGUAACCUAG